CCUAGGAGCAUGCAGCGCUACCUGGCUAAGCAAAUGAAGCUGUUGUCCCUGCAGUUCAAGGCUAUGGAGGAAGAUCGCCGGAGUAGGGAAAGCUUUGCUCGUGAGAUGCAACAACCGCGAGGAGGAAGACCAGACCUCCAUAAGAAAUCUUUUCCGACCUUUCGUGAGACAGAUGACAUCUUUACCUUCUUCCAAGUUUUUGCUCACUCUUGUAGAGAUCAAGGUGUGCCUAAAAAGUACUGGAUGAGUGCUUUACGCAUUAAUGCUGAAGGCGAGUUGAGAGAACUGUUGAACUCUUUGCCAUUGGAGUAUGCAGAUGAUUUUGACUACUUUUAUGCUUUGGCCAAAUCUCACUUUGCUUUAACAUCAGAGGAUUGUUUUCGGCGCUUAGAGGCAGAUCAAAAGAAGCCUCGGGAAAGCUUCUCAGCUUUUUCUGCACGGAUGGGCAGGAAUGUGGAGCGCUGGGCAGACACGGCCGAGGCUGUAACCCGAGAGGAGGUUUUAGAUCUGUUUGCUAAAGAACUGUUUUACAGACGCCUCCCUCGAGAUUUGAUGGCUCUGGUCAGAGACCAGCAGCCCCGUUCUCUGACUGAAGCAGGCAUGCUAGCAGAUCGUAUGUUUAAAAACAGAGCUGGAGAAAAGUAUACUUUGUUUCGGAGACCGGAGUACGUUCCUGUGAAACCGCCGGGGCGAGAGACUGCAGGUAUGCAGAAACCAGGGCAACCGGUGAGGGAAGAGAAAGGGGGGCCUGCUGGCUACUUCAAAGUGCCUUCCGCCCGGCCCGAGGCUGCAUUGCAAGAGAAGCCCCGUGGAGAAAUAAUUUGUUUUAAAUGUAAGGAAAUUGGUCAUAAGGCUAAUUCCUGUUCUAAAACCUUGUCUAAGCCCAAUCCUGCUGGAAGGAAGAAUCCAAAGGUUGCUCCAGUUGCGCGUGUAAGAGACUUAGCGUCCCCUGGAGCGGAACCCCCUGAACUUUCUUCAUGGUCGUCAGCCGAGGAGAAUGAAGGAGCAGAAUCGGAUUUUGUAUUUUCUGCCCCAAAUUCACAAGACCGUCCUGAGACUCCUCAUGGACCAGUUGUUAAAGCCCUGUCGGAAGCUGAACCAGAUUUCCCAAGUGGAUCCGUAUCCUUUGCCUAGGAUGGACCAUUUAAUAGAAAG